CUUUGCUCUCCCACUGAAGCUUCUGCUUUUGCUUCAGUUUAAGCAAUCCUUUCAAAAUAUGUCCGAAGAGUACUUUAGUUUUCUGUGUGAUGGAGCUUCUUUCCCAAAAACAAAGUCUUGGAAUGAGAGUAGGGAUUGCUGCAGUUGGGAUGGAGUCACUUGUGACUUAUUAAACGGUCAUGUUAUCGGGUUAGACCUUAGUUGUAGUCAGCUUGGUGGAAGUAUUCAUCCCAAUAGCAGCCUCUUCCAACUCCAUCAUCUCCAGACACUAAACCUUGCUGGCAAUGACUUCAAUUAUUCUUCUUCUUCUUCUUCAAUCCCACAUAACAUUGGCCGAUUGAAAAAUUUGAGGCAUCUCAACCUUUCUGAUGCUUACUUUAGUGGGAAAAUCCCAACAGAAAUCUCAUACCUUUCCAAUUUGGUUUCACUUGAUCUUUCUGAUAGUUAUGGAUUACAACUUGAUGAGAGAACAUUUGAAGCAAUGCUUCAGAACUUCACAAAUCUGGAGAUACUUUCUCUCUCCUUAACGGAGUUGGAUAUUUCAUACACAGGAAUCUCUGGUGAGCUUCCUGAUUCAAUUGGCACCUUGAGUUCCUUGAAUAUCUUGUACCUCCAAGGAUGUCAAUUCGCUGGUUCAAUUCCUGAUUCCAUUGGCAACCUAACACAAAUUACGAGGUUGGAUUUAUCUUUUAAUCAUUUCACUGGCCAUAUUCCUUCCACAAUUUCUAAAUUGAAGCACCUCACACAUUUACAUCUUUCCUCCAACUCCUUUUCAGGUGAAAUUCCUGAUGUUUUCUCUAACCUCAAAGAGCUACGUUAUUUAGAUCUUUCUCACAACUCCUUUUCAGGUGAAAUUCCUGAUGUUUUCUCUAACCUCAAAGAGCUACGUUAUUUAGAUCUUUCUCACAACUCCUUUUCAGGUGAAAUUCCUGAUGUUUUCUCUAACCUCAAAGAGCUACGUUGUUUAGAUCUUUCUGAAAACAGCUUCAUCGGUCUAUUUCCCGCUUCAAUUUUAAACUUGACACAUCUUGAAUACUUAGGCAUGUCGAGUAAUUCCCUAUCUGGCCCACUGCCUAGCAACCCAAGCAUGCUCCAAAAUCUAACUUAUGUGGAUUUGUCUUACAACUCACUGAAUGGUACCAUACCAUCUUGGGUGUUUAGCCUACCUUUGCUACCUUCACUGUCGCUCCAACAUAACCGAUUCAGAGGACUUGCCGAUGAAGUGAUCAAAACAAACCCAACAUUAAAAGAACUGCAUUUAAGCAAUAAUCAACUCAGUGACCUUAAAACCCUUGACAUUUCAUCAAAUAACAUCACCAUUGAUGAGGGAAUGAAUAUCACCUUUCUUAACCUAUCAUCUUUAUUCUUAUCAUCUUGUCAACUGAAGGAUUUUCCAUACUUCUUGAGAAAUGUAAAGACACUGGUGUACUUGGAUAUUUCUAACAAUAAGAUUCGUGGUCAAAUUCCUGACUGGUUUAGCGGCAUGAGGUGGGACUCGUUGCAGUUCCUAAACCUUUCUCAUAAUUCAUUGACAGGCCACCUAUCACAAUUUCAUUACUAUAACCUACAGUUUCUUGAUCUGAAAUUUAACUUCCUUCAGGGUACACUACCUUCAUCCAUUUGUAACAUGAGUUCGCUUAUCUUAUUAGAUUUAUCACGCAACAACUUCAGUGACUCAGUUCCACAUUGCUUGGGAAGCAUGGCUAGUCUAACGGUGCUAGACUUAAGAAGGAACAAUUUCACAGGGAGUCUUCCCCAUUUAUGUGCACAGAGCACUUUAUUGAGUACCAUUGUCGUAAAUGGUAAUCGAUUUGAAGGACCUGUUCCUGUGUCGUUGCUCAAUUGUAAUGGUCUACAAGUCCUUGAUGUAGGGAACAAUGCUAUAAAUGACACGUUUCCAGCUUGGCUCGGAACUCUUCAAGAGCUGCAGGUCCUUAUAUUAAAGUCGAACAAGUUCCAUGGACCUAUAAGUACGUGUCAGACUAAGUUUUGCUUUCCCAAGUUGCGAAUUUUUGAUCUUUCUCGUAAUGAUUUCAGUGGCUCACUUCCUGCAAAAGUUUUUGGAAACUUCAAGGCAAUGAUCAAAUUAGAUGGUGAGGACGCAGGAAAUUUCAUGUACAUGGAAUCUAUGUUGAAUUCGCAAUUUGUCACAUCCUAUGAGGAUUCAGUGAGUUUGGUAAUCAAAGGGCAGGAUAUUGAGCUACAAAGAAUCAACACAAUUAUGACAACCAUAGAUCUCUCAAGCAAUCAUUUUGAAGGUGUGAUUCCGAAAACACUAAAGGAUCUCAGCUCACUUUGGCUACUCAAUUUAUCCAGUAACAAUCUCAGAGGCGAUAUUCCAAUGAAACUAGGACAAUUGAGUAUGCUUGAAGCUUUAGAUCUCUCUUGGAAUCGGCUCACUGGAAAGAUUCCACAGGAAUUGACAAGAAUGAACUUUCUGGCAGUC